AUGGAAGACCCAUAUAAAUUAGUCGUUUUGUUAGCAACACCACUUUCCCGCCAUAUCCCAGACUCUUUGAAAUUUCAUAAGAAGAAUAUGCUCUAUGGUUUUUUGAAUGGAGCUAUACAAACAACUAUAGAAACUGCAUUUUUUGGGCAAGUGAUCAACUACUCCUUUACUCGUCCUUCUAAAAACUUUUCUUUAAACCCUAAAGUCAUAUACAAAACGUUUCCAAAGAACUUAAACGGCCUUUUGCCGUAUUACACGACAACUCGUUUUUUGCAAAAUUCGAUGCCCGACAUUCCUUAUAGAAAUUGGGCUGUUAGACUUUCAACGCCUCUUUUAGUUCUUCCUCACGAACACUUUUUGAAUUUUUUCACCAGUAAAAUGUUCACCCAAAUUCAACGACCAAUUUGUUCUGUUUACCAAAAUGUCAUUCCAUUCACCGCAAUGGAGUUGAUAUUAGAAAGUGCGUCAGUGCUCAGACCAACUUACCAAAAAGCAUUUUCAGUCGUUGUACCAAGUGGGUGGGCAAAGCUUGGAGCGGCAGCUUUGAACAACUCGGUGGGUUAUUUCUGUAACCAUCCUUUCUGGGUCGUCAAUGGAUUUUUGAAAAGCCAUCCAGAGAUGUCUGUGUACCAAGCUGUUAACUUCUUAUAUAACAGUGGAGGUAUUAACGCUUUUUAUAAGGGCGCAGUUCAUAGAUGCACUAGAGCUGCCCACUCGGCAAUGGUCACUUCACUUGCUGCUGUUGCCUUCGAGACACUCUUCCUCUAUAAGGAAAAGCCAAAGAAAUUGACGGGCUGGGAAAAGGUAAAACAAUUCCUAAAAGUAUAA